UCUCCAACCAUGUCUCUCAAGGUCGUCGUCCUCGCCUGCGUGGCUGUCGUCGCUCUGUGCGACAAGACACCCAUCCACGACCCCCUUCCCCCCGUCUACACCCCUAGACCUUACCACGCCCCCAAACCCGCCUACCACGCCCCCGAGCCUGCCUAUCACGCCCAUGCCCACUACGAGCCAGAAUACCCAGAUGUCCAUCCAAAGUACAACUACAACUACGGCGUCGUCGACAGCUACUCCGGCGCCAACUUCGCCGCCUCGGAGUCCCGCGACGGCUACAACACCGAGGGCAGCUACACCGUCGACCUCCCCGACGGCCGCAAGCAGAUCGUCAAGUAUGUGGACAACGGCGACGGUUAUGUAGCUGAGGUCACCUACGAGGGCGAGGCUCAGUACCCCGAGUACAAGCCCACCUACAAGCCUGCUCCCCCCGCCUAUGCUUAAGAAGUGCUCGAGACUUUUAGAGAAAAAUCUAUAGAUUUCCUUAUGAUUCGUGGAGUUUCCGACUCAGACAUUCUGACAAGCUACUCUAAAUAAAGACCUUAUUUUUUAUAAA